GGCAUGAAGAGCCAGAUCAGUAUAAAGAAGAUUGUUGGAAUAUUAUCGAGUCCAAGUUUGCCAUUCCUCAAGAUGAGAGAAGGGAUAUGAUUAGGCAUCGAACAUUGAAGUCAAUGGGAGAGAAAUGGAGAAAUUGGAAAUGUAGUUUAAAAGCAAAGUACUAUGAUGAGACAAAGACAGCAGCACAGAUAGUAGCUACUGCGCCUUUAACAGUUAACCGUGAGCACUAUGCUGACAUUGUCGCGUAUUGGUUUUCAAAGGAAGGACAGGAACUUAGUGCAACCAAUAAGGAAAGCAGGCGAGAGCAAACAAGUGCACAUACGGGAGGAUCUAAAACUUAUGCACAACAUGCAUAUGAUAUGGAGCAAAAAGAUAAGAUUGCACUAGAUCGAGCAAAAUUAUAUAUACCGCUUCACAAAAGGAAAGAUGGGACACCAGUCAAUGAAGCAGCAGCUACAAAAAUUGAAAAACUAGAAGCUUUGAUGAGCUCACAACCAAGCAGCUCCGAAGGAAAUGUUGGUGGACGUAUAUCUUGGUCACCAAAUGAUAUUUAUUCUCAAGUGAUGGGUAAAGAGCAUCAUGGUCGUGUUCGAGGUUUAGGAUUUGGGCCUACUCCUUCCAAGCAUGGCUUCAUGUGUAAUAAUUUUGACCACUUAAGAAUGGUUUCUGAUGAAGAGAGAAUGAGAGACAAAGACACUAUAAUUGAGUUGAAGGAACAACUAAAAACUCAAG